CUCACCCGCCAUGAUUGUUAUGUUUUUCGGCUGAGCAGAGUUCGUCCGUUGCCCUCUUAGUUUUUGUUUAUUUAGUUUUUUACAAGACGGUCCCAAGAAGGAGUUUGUUUUAAGGCUUUUUGGAAAGGACGGGAUAACAUGGACUCUCGAUUUGCUCACCUGCGCCAGCGGGACACCAGUGUGUCUAUGCUGAGGGUAAAACUGUCCCGCAGAAGGUCUCAGUCCCAGAAGGAGAAUCGGGAUCGGGCCGUGAACACACGUAGGCAGCUGGACAAGCUCCCUGAGCUGGAUGUCUCUUCCCUGGAUGCCUCCAUCGCCAUUGGCAAUAUGUCAAUCAUUAAAGAGAGGACGCAGAACAUUGCAAAACCUGCUAAAAGUAUAGCAGUAGAGGAGAGGUUGAAACAGCUUGAGCGCUGGAAAGAGCGGAAGGCUCUUGAGAAGGAGAAGGAAAAGAGAGAAAAGGAGCGUAAAGGGAUAUUUAAGACUGGCCUCUAUCAUCCCAGUGACACCAUUAGCAUUGUUUCUCUCCCUGUGGCCCCAGCUGCUCCAAAAAGAGCUAAAGAGACAAAAGUGAUCCCAUCCCAGAGUACCAGAGUCACCCGUUCAAUGAAACAACAGCAAGUGCCGCAGCCUUUGAAGAAACAAGACCCAAAUACUGUGGCAAAGAAAGCUCAACCUACUGUGGAAAGAUCAACCAGGACCCGGGUGGCUCCUGUCAAGCCUUCACCAAUUACAACCAAGACCAAAGUUUCUGCAGUGGCGCCUGCUGUACGAGCUUUGUCGACCAGAUCAGCCAACAGGCCUCCUGUUACAUCGGUUCCUGUGAUGAAAGACAAGGCUGCAGAUGUAAGAACCACUAGGAGUAGAGCCAUUGUCAACCCUGUGGCCCCUCCUUCUGGCAGAGACAGAAACUGCAAAGCGAAUGUCAAUGACACCACCCAGACUCCUGUCCCCAAGGAGCCUGAGCUGAAGGAGCCAGAGGAAACACUUCAUCCUCCCAGCCCAACGCCCUGCUCUGAGGAAGAGGAGGAGGAGGACAUGGUGGUGGACCAGGCUCCAGCCGACUCUGUCCCUGCUGUGGAGCCUGUUGAGGCUCCAGUCUCUUCAUUUGCCCCAAAGGGGUUUGUCUUCCAGGCUCCUGUUGGAUUGUCGUCCUUCAAGUUUGAGCCUCUCACUCCUCGCUCAGCAGAGGCCUUCCUUACACCCAGCCCCAGCUUCAUUCUUCCACCAGCUCCUGUAUUCAAUGUUGAGCCUCAGUCUGAACCAAGGGAACCCUCUCCCUCUAUAUCCCCUCGCCGCUCCCCGCCUCGCACAUCUCCCUCAGUGGCUCCUCCAACUUCAGCCAGCCCCCUGGAAUCAAAGCAUGACGUACCAUACUUCAGAUCGGAAAUUGCCAAUGAGACAGACAGACUUACGACUCUGUCUGUCCACUGGGAGUCCAAAGUGGAGGAUGAGUCCAUUCCAGAAGAGAUGAGAGACCGUAUGCGUACAGCUGUCGGCCAAGCGAGGCUGUUGAUGAAGGAGCGUUUUAAACAGUUCAGUGGUCUAGUGGACGACUGUGAGCUGGGCCGAGGUGAGAAGAUCACCACCUGCACUGACCUGCAGGGAUUCUGGGACAUGGUUUAUUACCAGGUAGAGGAUGUCAACAAGAAGUUUGACGCUCUCAAGGAAGCAGAGGGCCGAGGCUGGGUGGAAGAGCACAAGCCCCCACCACGACAGAGGAAAGUAGUGAAGAAACCAUCAGCUGCACCUGCCAAGCCAACAGGAAACAAAGCAGCAGCCAAGUCUCGCCUGGCUGCCGUGAAAGCAGCCAUGAAAGCCAGACAGCAGGCAGCUGAGGCAGAGAAAGCCACAGAGGAUGCUGGUAAAAGUGAGGAUGACCCCAGCCUGAACUCUCAGGGACCACCACCCCAAGAAGAGGCCCAAAUGCCAGACACUGUGGUCUUUGAUGGAGGCUUCUUCCAGGUGGAGAGCCCAGCCAAACCACCAGGUUCAGUGAGAAGAUCCAGCCGCCUGAGUGCCGCUGUGCUGCCUCAGGCCUCUCCCUGCUCCAACUAUCUCACACCCAGAAGACUCACUCGACGAUCCUUUGCAUUGGCACAGACUCCCGUUCAGACCGUCGCCUCUCCUGCUCAGCCCAUUCUCACUCCUGCCCACCUGCGUCUCACCCACGACCAAACCCCAGCACAAGCACCAAAGUCUCAGGGAGGCACUCCUCAGCCGCCCCAGGAGAGAAAGGACACUGUGAAUGUCUCUCUUUGUUUCUCACCUGUCAAAGAAAUGCAUUCAGACGACACCCAGCCUGAAGGAAGCACUGCACAACAGGAAGAACCGGUCUCUGUACCAGUACUUUCACUGCCAUCCAUUUCUGUAGUUGAGGCGAAAGACGAACCAGCUGAAGCUGCUGAUGUUGACUUCCCUGUCUCUCCAAGAUGCUCCCUCUCUCCACGCAAAACACCUCUUGUCUCCCAGGCCCGUGAGCCCUCAUCGUCUCUGAGUUUCUCGCUAUCGCCCUGUGCGAGUCCUAGCCAGCCUCCCAUCUUCCCCCCUGCUGCUGUGCAGGGCCACGUACAGGCCCAAGAGUCUGUGUGUUGUACACCAGACAGCUCAGUUGUUGAGGAAAUUCCUGGGUUGGACUUUGAGCGUUACCUUCAGCCAUCACAGAGAUGCAGCCUGUCGCCAAGGGGGGCAGUUGCCAUAGAAACACUGUCGCCUAUGGCAGUGGAUGUUGAGAUGGAGAGUCCCAGAAGUCAAUCUGAAGAUCUGCUAACUCAACAAGAACCAGCAAUGCCAGAGGUGCCUUCAGUGUUAACCACAGUGUCACCACAGGUUCAGACGGCGGAGUCUGCCCUGCUUCUUUUCACCCCGGACCCAAAGGAACGGAUACGCCAGUCUGUUUGUCCAAGUGACCUCAUGGUCUUCACCCCUCCCUCUAAUGUGUAGCAAACUGUUUUUCUAUUUUAAA